AUGGAAUAUAAAGCGUUUGGGCAGACAGGGAUGCAGGUUUCAGCAAUUGGGUUCGGUUGCUGGGAAAUGGGUGGCGGUUACGGUUCCAUCGAGGAAACGGAAGUCAUUGAGGCGAUCCAUCGCGCCUUAGACCUCGGCAUUAAUUGCUUUGAUACCGCCGAAGCCUACGGCAUGGGGAGGUCCGAAGAACUGUUGGCACGGGCGUUGGGAAACCGACGCAAAGACGUUAUCGUUGUCUCAAAGUUCGGCAUUAACUACGACAACGAACGCCUGAAAAAACGGGAUAGCCGUCGCUCAAUGGCACACGCUGCAAUCGACCGUCGUUUGAAAGCACUUGAACACCGAUUAUGUCGAUGUCUAUCUGGUGCAUUGGCCCGACCGUACCACCCCGUUUGA